CAGAGGUAACAGCUGUCUGCCGCAGAACCAGGGUACAGAGCUAAAUCUGCUUCGUACAGACCUCCAGGUAGACAGGGUCAGUUCCGGAAGUGGCCCCUUCUCUGUGGGAUCCCGGAGAUGCACUAGGGAAGCCAUCAGGCUGGACAAGCUGGAAGAGGUCACCAGAGGUCGACACUUGGCAAAGACUGAAGGCUUACUUACUGCCCCUGGCUGAGCUCCGGACAGAAGAAUGAAAAGUCUCCGCUGGCGUUACACUCGACUGCCCAGCCAGGUGGAGGAUGCUCUGUCUGGGGAGGAGGACAAGGAAGAGGAGGAGGAAAAGGAGGAGGAGACAACCCCAGCCCCAGCUCCGGUUCCUGAAUGCCCCGUGGCGCCCCAGCUGGCAGGAGCCAGCCAGGUUCUGGGAGCCUCGGAGAUGAGUCAGCUCAGUCUCCACCUGCCCCCGAGAGUCACUGGAUACUCCUGGAGGCUGGCCUUCUGCACGUCGAGGGACGGCUUCAGUCUGCGGAGCCUGUACAGGCAGAUGGAGGGCCACAGUGGGCCGGUGCUGCUGGUGCUGAGAGACCAGGACGGCCAGAUGUUUGGCGCCUUUUCCUCCUCGGCCCUUCGACUCAGCAAAGGCUUCUACGGUACUGGCGAGACCUUCCUCUUCUCCUUCUCUCCACAACUGAAGGUCUUCAAGUGGACAGGAAGCAACUCUUUCUUUGUGAAAGGCGACUUGGAUUCUCUGAUGAUGGGCUGUGGCAGUGGCCGCUUUGGGCUGUGGUUGGAUGGAGACUUGUACCGCGGGGGGAGCCACCCCUGUGCGACCUUCAACAAUGAGGUGCUGGCCCGGCAGGAGCAGUUCUGCAUCAGUGAGGUGGAGGCCUGGGUCCUGAGCUGACGCCGCGGCGGGCAGCCUCCUGAGGCCACAGGCGUUCAGACCUGCCCCCGGAUGCCACCGAGGCUGCGCUCACCCAGGGCGGCCCGUUCCGUCCGAAACACAGAUGGUGAGGUGUCCAGUGUGGACUGUGGCUGAGAGCAGCCUCCGUCGCCUGAGGACCAAGAUAGGUGUGGAGCCAGGCCACAUUCUACUAGAGAGGGGAUCUGAGGGAAUAAAAGACAGUUAUACCUCACCCAAGCACCAUAAAAUUCUGCAGGAAAAUGAUCCUUUUAGAGAGUACACAGUUAAUGCAUGUUUAUUGUAGAAAAACCAGAAGAUACAAAAAAAUUAAAAUUGCCUAAAAUUCAACCACCCCCUAAAACACUUACGUUUUCAUGUAUAUCCUUCCAGACAGUUUUCCAAGGAGAUGUAUGGGAUUCUUAAAAAAUGGGAUUCUUCUCUAUAUGCUUUGGACAGUAUUUUAAUUUAAAGAGUAUUGUCAAACCACAGACACCUAACUCAACCAGUGAAAUUAAUAAAGACUCCAAAAUAGCAUUCUUCGUUUCCCAGAAAACUGACCAGUCUGCUACCACUGUGCUGGGUACUUGAAGAUCUCUUAUUUAAUUCCACAAGGAAAAUAUGAAAGCAGCCAAUGAACAAUAUGCACAUUUGGGUAAAGAAGCUGAAAUUCUGUAGAUGAAAAUGUCAGGGAGAUUUAAAAAAAGGAAGGAUAUUUUUUCUGGCAAAAGAGGAACUUAGAAAAACUUAAAAAAAAAAAAAAAAAUCCAUAACCUUCCCCAUGCUAGUGCCUGCCUCCUGACAGAAUAAGAUUUUUUAUCAGGUCAUUACUUGCCAUUAUUGAAAGAGGAAAACCAAGUAACAUAGGCCCUGUUAAAACCAUCCCCUCUGGAAGACCCAACACGGUACUGAGGUAUAAAGAAACAUCUGGGCACGUUCCUAGACCAAACACAGUUCUUUUGCACAAAAGGGUCAAAACUGCACACGAGUGUGAAAGUCACUGAGGAAGACACCACUGAUUUCAAGACAGAGGUACAUUCAUGAAGCUUUAUUGCAUCUGUUUCCCUCACCAGGAUGAAGCGACCAGGCACUUGAACCUGCAGUCUUAUUUACAUUCUCAAGGUGACAAAGCUCAGUAACUCUAGAAGCCAAGCUGUUAAAGGCUCCCUUUUUAUACCAAUAGUGAAGAUGCUUCUUAAGAAAAAUUUAACCUUGUCAAUGGCACGUGGUUCCCAUAAUUAAAACAGUUGCAAAGAGCAUAAAGUGCAGCUGCCAAAAAGUAACAAAAGAUGCAAACAAAACAGAUUCAAGUCCUUCCUCAGAGAGCACAAUGAUACACUCUGAGAUGACAAACUUCCAGAGUAAAACAAUCAUGUAAAUGGA